UGAGCUGCGUGACAAUGUUUGCGUUCGUGCAAUACGAAUUCGAUGGCAAGACGGCUGUCGUCAAGCACUGCGCCAUAAGCGACUUCAAGCCCAAGAACGUUGCCGAUUUCCAGCCAACCAAAUCUUACAGCGUUUACUGGCCUGGAGACGACAACACAGACGGCGACUUCUAUGAAGCGCGAAUCCUGCAUCUCUCUGAAUCGAUGGAGGAGAUGCAGGCCUACAUGGAGAAGCGCCCCAGGAAGGUGUUGGUGGACUUGCCAAAAGGGCGAAAAAGGAGCAAAGAAAAGGUGGAGCAGUCCCAAAAGAAGUUAAGGACUCAAGUACGCGAGAGGUCGGAGCUGCAGCUGGCGGACGAAGUCCUGCAGGACGAUGAGUCUGACUUUGUCCCGAGGAGUGCAUAUGCAGCUUUACAGCUGCAGCUGCAAGCUGUGCAAAAUGAGCUGGACAGCUUGCGCGCCCAGUUCACUGAAAAUGCUCAAGUAGUCUCCUCGGCGCAGCAGGUUCCUGAGGAUCAAGGCAGUGCCUUGCCAAGAGGCACUUGCAUAUGUGCCGAGGAGCACUACAAGGAGCUGAAUGAAGAAGUGCGGCAGCUUCGUGCCAGGAACAUGGAGCUGCAAAAGACACUCUGUUACAAGCUUUUUCAAAGUGAAAGCAGGGUUGUCUAUGCCACAUCGUUCGAUGUGUCAGUACGGGCGCAGCCGGACCCUGUCACCCCUUCGAACAUUGGAGGACGUGCAAGACUCCCACUUCAGAGGCCCACCGUCCCAGAGGAGUUGGCCCAGAGAGAAUCUGCAACUGUCCAAAAGGAUGCUGCUGCUGCUGUUGCUUCAGAACCUGAGAUUCCUCAGAACUACGAUGCUGCAGCAUCAAAUUUUAACAGCUUAGAAGAGUUGGGUGGUUGCGAGUAG